GGCGACGCGCAGGCGCAGCAGGAAACACGCAGCCAGGCAACCGGUUGAGUGCAGCGGAGCCGGAGGGUUUGAGGGCGAUUUGAGGCCUCGGAGCGCCAGACUGCGCUGCCAGACGCGGUUUUAGGCGUGAGGAAGAAAUCCUUCAUCAACCACAAAGGCUCACAGUUCUGGUUGCUAGGAUAUAAACACCCCUGUUUGCUUUGUAUCCAACUGAAAUGACAACAGGGAAUUCUGUGCAAUGUCACAGUGCCCACCUUCUAUUUGCAUUGCCUGAUUGGUCUUUGGAAGGAAAAAGGUGGGCCUUAAUCAGGAUCCUCCCCCUACUCCAUUGGUCAUGCUCAGCUUUCAAAAACUGAACACAACCGUCAGAUGAAGACGAGGAUUAAGUUUUCUAAGGUUUGGUUUGUGUACACAAAGUGGUGAAAGGGAGGCAACAACUUUUAUAUAAUGCAGACAGCAUCUAGCUAUAAAAGACUUAACGUGAGUUCUAUUGUGCGAAAGAGAAGUGGAUUGAAACAUGAACUGUCUGAAGAGCAAAAGCAGGAGAUCAGAGAAGCUUUUGAUUUGUUUGAUACAGAUGAUUCUGGAACCAUUGAUGUGAAAGAACUGAAAGUUGCAAUGCACACUCUUGGCUUUGAAACAAAGAAAGGAGAAAUUAAAAAAAUGGUGGCAGAGAUUGGCAAAAAUGACCAUAACUUCAUAAAUUUUGAAGAAUUUUUGACCAUGAUUAUUAAAAAAAUGAGUGAAAAAGAUAACAAAGAAGAAGUCUUGAGGGCUUUCCAGUUAUUUGACACUGAUGGAACAGGCAAAAUUUCCUUUAAAAAUCUAAAGCGCGUUAUCAGUGAACUCGGAGAAGAUAUAUCUGAUGAAGAACUUCAGGAAAUGAUAGAGGAUGCUGAUCUUGAUGGUGACGGAGAAAUAAAUCAACAAGAAUUCUUGAGAAUUAUGAAAAAAUCCAAUUUAUAUUAAUUGUUUUGUUAUUUCAACAUCACCCCAAAAGACUCUUUAAAAAUCAACUUAUCUUAUUUAAUGAUGUAUGAAUUGGAGGACACCAUGUUUCAUUCUUACAUUAUUUUUAAAUUUAUAGAUUCAAGUCUGGUUAUGUAGAAAAAAUUAUAUGUAUAUGUACUGAAGCCAGUAAAAGAAACAGUUGCUGUACACUGAACACUUAGAAAUCAAAUCAAAAAUCAAU